UGUGUUCCUCCAGAGAGCAUAUCUCCUCCUGAACCCCCAAACAAUUAUGGGGAUGUUUAUGAUGAGGUGGAUGAUCUUUAUGCAGAGGUGAGCUGUGUGGAAAAUUAUUUUCUUGUAAGUGUAUUGGGUUCCAGUUACAUGGGCAGGUAGAGUUUUUUGGGAAUUUACAGUAAGACAAAAUGUUUCAAAUUCUUGAUAAAUUCACAUGGAUGUGCAUCUAAAGCUGAUUUUCAAGCUGUUCUGACAAAGUGGAAUUACAGUGUAAUUACACUGGAAACUAAUUGCACUUUCCAGUGGAUAGAGAUCUAUCCAGUUGAUAGCGCUAUCCACCCUUUGAACAACUGAGGCGAGUACUUUAACUUCAUCUUGGUCCAAACGUAAAAAAACUUGUCUUGACAUUGCACAUACAGCUCAAUAACACAUCUGUAAUGUUACCCCUUCCUGUAGUCCCUGUCAUGAUCUGACUACCCUUAAGUUCUACAUUGAACAUCUUUUGAAUUUAAGUAUAAUUUCACCUUCUUUACCACGGUAAAAUGGUUAUCAUAACAGGGUAUUUAAUUUUUUACUCUUUCAUAUUUCAUAGCCUAUCCACAAGUCAGAUGGAGAGGGAUUUUCUUCAGGUAAAGACAUUUUGUUAACAAUGGUUAUGUAAAAGGUUUUUAAGAAAUGGUUUAAGGGCUUGUUUAUUGUGGAAAGUGCACUUAGCUUAUCCAGCUAGUUUACAGGCACUCCACUCAGAUACUUAGAAGCAAAUAAUUCAAAUACAACAUAACAGGAUUAAAAACCCCAACUGGCAGGAGGCAGCCACUUGGCUAUUUACAUGUACAAGAGUGAGCGAGGAUUUGAACUCAAAACAACCAAGAGCAACUCCAGCAAUUCGCCAGAGCGGGACUUGAACUUGGGACCGCCGGAUUGCGAGUCCAAUGCGCUGACCACUCGGCCACGCUGCCUUCUUAUUAAAUGACUUAUUGCUGAGUAAAUUCUAAUUCCAUCCGUCGUCAUGCGAGCGAUAAAAAAAAAAACAGAUGACCAUGUAGUGUCAGAGAGUCUGGUUUGUUUACUCACAAGGUUUACACACUAGCCAACCCAAAACCUUAAGUGAGUUUUGAACAUUAUAAUGUUUGAUUAAAGUGUUAAAACGUAUUCAUUAUUAGAGUGUGGUAACAACUAGUACUGUAUGUACUUGCUUUGCGGCAACAUGGGCCAAAUUUAAAGGCUUGUAAAACCAUUUCUUUUACGUCAAAAGAUCUCAUAUUUUGGAUCUACACGUUGAAUGAUAAAAUUUAUAGCUACAAUGUACACAAAAACGGUUUUCGUACCUUGCACUAUAGGUGCGAUUUGUUUGCAUUUUUUUCAGGUGAGCAAAGCCAAGUGGAAAGUAAGCAAUGAGCGCGACACACACGUGAUUGGCCCAUUGGGUGUGUGUCUCUCUCUCUGUGCCUACCUUGAGCUUGCCUUUGCUCACCUGAAAAAUAAAAAAGCUACUCUUCUGCAGGCUACAGUUAUCGUUUCAAGGACACUUUAACUGUUAUGUGUUUAUGUUUGUUUGUAGAUGAAGAAAGAGACACUUUUGCAGAAGGUUAGUAUUCUUGGCAAAUUAGUCUUUCCUGGCCUUCCAGGAUUUAAAUUUAUGCAACAUUUAAUUGACUAAGGUGACAUCAUCCAGAGCUCUUUCUAUCUCCGUUUUAUGUUGGAAAAAAAACAACAAGGCCAAAAAGUGUGACUGAAUCUUAUCAUUUGUGUGAUGGAGGAAAUGCAAUGUAUACAGCAAAGAGUGCUUUUUUUCUCCGUUGUACUAUCUAUUCUGACUCAACAUAAAGGUUUCAUUUCAGUUCUUUAAAAACAAGUAAAAACGAGUGAAAAAACCUUUGAGAAGUUCCUUGAAUGAAUACAGCAAAUUUUAAGUGAGAAUAUAAACUGGCCAAGAGUUUUACAUCCGUGAUUGGUUGGUUAUGUACAAGGCAUAGGGGUAAGUGGCGAGUUUUUUAGAAUCUUGUAGUGAUCCAAAAAUUAUACAAUAUUUCAAGUUUCAGAAUAGCAAAUACAUCCAUGAAGUAAAUGAGCAACCCAGUUUGAGUUAACAUGUCCCUUACAGUCUCUUUUUUUGUACAUGUAGCCAUUGCAUAACCUUUGCUUUUUCUUUCACUUGUUUUAACAGAGCCCUUGUACCAGGUCUAUAC